AUGCGAAUACAAUUGAGUCAAGAAAAACGCGCCACGAGCAGGGCAUCUUUUGGGCCGAUUGCCUCCCUUGGCAUGCAGAAGGGGGAAUCAUCAGAGUUUCCCUUUGAUCUCGGGGUGAACCUCGUCUUCCCACGGCCCAACGAGACAUACCGUCCGGUCUACCCCUUCCCCGUUGUCUUUGCCAUCACCGGGGCGGCCGAGGCCUGGCCUUACCAGUUCAGAUUCACGUGGGGGCUCGAGGGCAACCACAGCGGGCCCAUCCAUGUCGACGACCGGCCCAUGGCCUCGGGCGAGCUUCCGGAGAAGACCUUCUUCACCGAGGGCCAACUCGAAUUGGCUGAAGAGCCGUAUUACUUUAUUGUCGGUACAGACCUGCUUGCCAACUCGACUUCUACGGAAUGGUUAUUUGAUUGGCGAUUGGAGGUCUCUGAUGACUGUGAUCCUGAAGAGUAUGGUAAAAGCUUCUCGAGAGUCGGCCACAUGAACUUUUCCAGCUCCCCAAGUGGUUCUUUACCCAACAUGGCCGCAAACCCUGGAAAGCCGUGUCCUCUCGAAGUCCUGCAUCUUAGAUUCUUGGAGAAUAAGAUAACCCCUGAGGAUGUCAAGAGAUAUCGAUACUCGAACAGCUGCGUGGUGUUGACUGACCAGGAGGGAUCUGGAGACCCGUGUAAGAUUGAUACCGGGUCCAAAUUGGAGUCACUCGUUACCGCCAAGAUGCUCGAGACUGCUUCAUGUCCAACCAACCAGUCUUGGCCAGAUGAAGAGAACCUCCAUGGCCCAGAGUCAUGCAGCUUCCUGUAUCCCGAGUCAGCCGAGGAGGAUGCGGCAAAUGUUCUAUCGCACUCGACGGCCUUUUUAGUAGUUCUCGGAACCUUUGUCUUGGGGUUUUGCGUCCUGUGA